AUGUAGGCUCGUAUUCAACAGCUAUCUAAACAUGUACCAGACAAGCGAAUUCACAACUAUGCUUUUUCUACACAAGCCAUCAUUGGAAGAGGCUCGUAUGGAGUAGUCUAUAUUGGUAGAAAUAUAGAUUCAGGAUAAACUGUUGCCAUUAAAGCGAUCGCCUUCCAACAAUAUUCUGCUGACAAUCAAGCCUUAUUAUAAAAAGAAAUAGAUAUAAUGAAAGACUUGGACUGUCCAAAUAUAGUUAGACUUAUAGAUGUAAUUACAACGGCUAAUAAUUGUUAUAUAAUUUCAGAACUCUGCACUGGAGGAGACCUUAAAGAAUAUAUGAAAAGAUCAGUAAUAGGACCAAUAGAGGAAUCAGCUGCUACUAAAAUAUUGAUAUAAAUAUUGCGGGGGAUUCUUUAAUCAUUUAAAAGAGGGAUCAUUCAUAGAGAUCUCAAACCAGCCAACAUUUUGGUGGCCAAUAAUAAUAUAUUCAAGAUAGCAGAUUUUGGAUUUGCCAAACGAUUUGAUAAAUUAGAUGAAGAUUUGAUGACUUCUCUUGUUGGAACUCCUCUCUACAUGUCUCCACAAGUAUUACUUAGAAAGUAAUACACUUCUAAAUGUGAUGUAUGGUCUAUAGGAUUAAUCUUCUAUGAAAUGAUCGAAGGCAAAACCCCUUGGAAUGUUAGAGAUAUAUUAGAUCUAGUUAAUAAAUAAAGAAAUUAAAAAAUCGCUUUUUCCAAAAAAAUUUCAAAGCCAGCUUAGUAAUUCAUAACCGGUUGCUUGGCAUAUGAAGAAAAUAAUAGAUUCGGUUGGGAACAAGUCUUUACUCAUCCUUUAUUUGAAAAUGCCUUUGAGAGGCAACCAAAAAAAGAAACCAUAUAAUAAGUUUAACCUCAACCUUAAAAUCCAUAAGCAUAGGCAUAAGCUUAAAUCCAACCUCUUUAAUCAUUCACAGAAUUAAAGUUAAUAACCCUCUUAGAACAAGAAUUGCUCAAAAUAGUAACAAGCUUCAAUGCAUUAACAACAAAUUUAAUAAAGGUGUUUUCUUAAACACAACCAUCUUAGUAGUUAUAAUAGAUGAUCUCAAAUUAAUAAUAAAAGGCCAUAAUUUAACCAUUAAAACCACAAGCAUAACAAUUUUCUAACACUUAAAACUUAACUCCAUAGGAAGCCAAAUAAAAUAAAUCAAUGCAAAUAAUUCCCAAUGUCAGUCCCUCGGAUGAUAAAAUAAAAAGAAAUACGAUAUCUCCUCUUUAAUUGCAUGUUGACAACAGAUAGGUUUAAUUAAUUAAAGGGAAGCAUUAUCUAAAAACUCAUGCUUCCCCUUAAAAUGAAGAGGAAAACAAAAACAAUGUAUCUAACUAAAAAAUCACAAGUUGCUAAACUCAACCCAAUACUUAAAAGAAGGACAGAACAGUAAGUGUUGUCCACCAUAAGGUUGAAUCACAGUAAACUACAAGUAGGUAUAGUGACAAUAAGCAAUGUCGAGAAGAUCAAUAUAAAUCAGAAAGAAAUUAUUGUCCUCCAAAGCACCUUUAUCAACAUUCUGAUCCAAAGUUUUUAUUUCACAGGCAAUCAUCUGAAAAUGAUGAAUUUACUAUCAACAGGAUGUUAAUCUAAAACUAAAUAGAAUUUUUGUUGUUUCUAAAAAAACUUAGGGAAUAACUGUUAGAAUUCUAUGGCAACUAUUCUAGUUAGGUAUCAACUGUCGAAAAAUUGUCCUUUAUUUUACUAAAAAAUGUGAUGAUCAAAACUACAGACAUAAAAUCAAAUCUAAUUGACAAAUAAAUUAAUAUCUUAGAUUUGAGAGAUUUUGAGCAUUUUAGAAUGACAGAAUCAUUUAGAAACUUAGAAAAAUCUAUUUUAGAAAUUCAUUUCGAAACAUUCAAUCAAUUCUAAGAGACCUUCUUACAUUUAAAUGAAAAUCUAAAUUUAGUUAUGUAGGAUACAGAUUUUUUAGAAAUAUUUAAUAACAAUUUUGAGUAUUCCAUACACUUUGUUAAAUUUGCUUACAAUUUAACUGCCUAAUUUAUUAGAUCAUUUUUAUAUGAUUAAGUACUAGAAUGUUCCAAUGUGAAAAUUGUCAACUUUACAUUCCUACUUGGACAAUUAGCCUAAUACUUAUAAUAAAUGUCAUUCUCUCCAAAUGAUGUGAAUAAACUAUUGAGUAAUUGCCGUAGUUUUAAGGAGGAUUUCAGAUUAAAAAGAGUUGAAUGUCUCAACUUGAUGGAGAAACUAAUAGUUAAAUACAAUUGA